CGGUGCCAGUCUGGGCAUGUUCCCCUGAUGGGGCAGAGGGGCCCCUGGGCAGGUUCCCCUCAGGGGGCAGAAGGGGCCCCUGUUUUCAGCCUGGGCACGUCGCUCUGAGGAGGCAGAAGGGUGUGGAAGAUCCUGGUCAGGAGCAGGCCCAGAGCAGAUCCCCACUGUGGGGCAGGGAAGGCUGCAGCUGCUUUUAUGGACACCACAUACUGUGAUGACGCCACAGGGAGGAACACGGGCCCUCCAAGUUGUGGCCAUGAUCAGCAUGUGGUUGAUGCAGCUUCAGGGCUCUGAACGCAGGUGUUCCUGUAUUUCCCCAGAGGUGGCAGAAGGGCCUCGGUGCCAAAGUGGGCAGGUUCCCCUGAGGGGGCAGAGGGGACCCAGUGUCAGCCUGGGCAGGUUCCCUGGAGGGGGCAGAAGGGUCCCCUGGUUCCAGCCUGUCGCUCUGAGGGGGCCGAAGAGAAUAGAGAGAUUUGAUUUGAUGAAUAACUGUAAACCACAGUUUUAUAUCUGAUUUCAGGUUGUCAUUCUCUGGAUGGGGCCCAUUCAGGGAAAGAAUUAUUUGACACAGAUAAUCCCACAUAAUCUCCACAGUACCACACAAAAUGUGCUAAAGGAUGUGGAUUGUGCCACAGAAAAUAACAUUUGUUAUAUACAUGUUGCUGGUGUAGCAGUUUUCUUCAAGAAUACAAAAAUUUGUUGGAAUUGAUCUUCUAUUCCAAUAAUCCAUUUACUUCAUAGGCUGAUAAGUCUCCCUGAAAGAGAAGUCCUGCCUGUGUAAGUGCCAGAGGACAAUAACAUCAGGAAAAAGAGAAAGAAGAAUGAAGUAAAAUAGAGUAGCUCAUAUGUCACUAGGAGGAAUAUGUGAUUAAUAUUUUUGGAAAAGCCAAAUCACCAAUCUUAAGUAUUUCUAGCUGUGUUCCCAGAGGAGAAGAGUCUUUUGGGCAUUGACUGCUGCAGUUUUAGGAGUCAGUUAUUUUUUUCUCAUUGUUUAGGUACAAUAAAACUCUUUCCCUGGUUCUCCUGUUAGGUUCUGGAGCAAAUAGUAAAGAAAGACCUACAGAGCACUUGCAUAUCUAUUUUAAUCUGUUAUAUUUUGACCUUUAUUGGUCUUGGGCCUGAUCUUGCUUGAAUUAAGGGAUAAAAAUUUGAUGUGGAGACAAACUACAAAGAGACACAGGAGAAUGUCUUUAAAGGUUUUUCAGGAGGAAGGAAUGCGUGCCUAACUCAUGUCUAACCCUGGUUUUAUUAUUUUCUAAUUAAUGGUACAGGAAAGGUCUGCCAUGGGAGAACACAUCAUGCCAUCUCAGAUAGGUCCUUCAGAUUUCUCAGAGAUUUUCCUCUGUGGAUAACAAGUUUUGUCUUUAUUAUGUUUCUGUUUAAUUAAACAAAGAUACUGCACUUCCAAGCUGUCACUUACCAUACAGAAGACACCUACAUCACAUUAGGUGGUUCUUCCCUACAAAAUCACUUUCUGCUGUUCUCGGGAGAUGACUGUGAUGCAGAGUUCACAGUCCUCCUUUCUUCUUAUUUUCCCUAAGGAUACAAGUGGGCAAAUACACUCCUACAGCCAGAGGAAAAAGGAUCAGACUGAAUGAGGUGUCUUAACACUGGAAAUGGUAAAAAUGGUAGCUGAGCAUUUGAAGACAUAGUGAAGUAGUGAAUAUGCAAACUUUGAAGGCAAUGCUAUGAAAGAAGAAUCAGUCAAAAAUAGAGACAAAAAUAAAUGCAUAAGAUUGCCUUAUUUUCUUUAGAAACUUUUAUAACCUGUUAAGAAGAUCUCUUAAAAAUCUGUGUAGUUUCUAAAUUCUGGUCAUCCUUUUGUCUGUUCAAGCAGGCAGUUGCAUUUUGAUUGCAGAUUUGCCUGUUUGCAGCUUCAUCAGCUGCUGAACACUAAAACAAAGACGGUUCUACAAGGUACCAGAGAAGGAUGAUCCUUGGGAACCUCAGUGGACUGAGUGAAUUCAGACUCCUGGGUUUUUCUGAAAUCUCUCACUUGCACCCUUUGCUUUUUGUAGUUUUAUUAUCUCUGUAUGUUCUCACCUUGAUGGCUAAUGCAGUGAUAGUUUUUAUAAUAAACAGUGAUAAUACCCUUCAUACCCCGAUGUAUUUCUUCCUCACUCAGCUGUCCUGUUUGGAUAUCUGCUAUCUGUCAGUCAUCACCCCAACUAUUCUUGAGAACCUGAUGGUGGGAACAGUAAGUAUUUCCAAGACAAGGUGUGCAAUGCAAAUGUUUUUCUUCCUUUUCUUUGGAGUUGCUGAAUGUUUUCUCUUGGCUGCCAUGUCCCUUGAUCGUUAUUUUGCAAUUUGCUACCCCUUGCAUUACACAGUUAUCAUGAGCAGCAGGGUCUGCAGAAGCCUGGUUGCUGGAACUUACAUUUGUGGAGCUGCUGUGGGCUUAGUUCACACCCUCAUAACAUUCAGCUCACCCUUGUGUGGUUCAGCCAUCGACCACUUCUUCUGUGAGAUUCAGCCACUCCUGGACCUGCUUUGUGGCAACACCUUCCCAAGAGAAAUCCAAGUCAUUGUGGUGGCUAUCUUUGCUAUUCUGAGUCCUUUCUUACUGAUCAUUUAUUCCUAUAUUCGUAUAAUUUACACAAUUCUUCACAUGGCCUCAGCUGAGAGCCAGCAGAAAGCAUUUUCCACUUGCUCCUCACACCUCUUGGUUGUGACUCUUUUUUAUGGCACUGCAGGCUCCAUGUAUCUGCGACCAAAAUACAGCUACUGUGCAUCUGUGGAUAAAUUCCUCUCACUUUCUUAUUCUGUAGUGACUCCUUUACUGAAUCCCAUCAUUUAUAGUUUGAGGAAUAAAGAGGUGAAAGGAGCCCUGAAGAAAAAAUGGAGAAAAAUUAAUUUUUCACUCUAAAUUCUUGUUCAGUAAAAUGAAUUUCGAGAUACACUUCAGCUUUUGAGGAGGAAAGAGGGAGAAGAGUGGAGAUUUUCAGCUGUAAGAUGGAGUGUUAGAAGCUCUCAACAUUUUGGAGGGAAACUUCUUCCACAUACUUAAGAAAUUCUUAA